AAAAGCAACAGAUUGAUGAGUGCUCGAUUUAAAUGUAGCUUUCUGCUGCGUCGCCCCUAAAGAUAAACCCUUCUACAACGACACUGCUGUCGACGCAAAGCUGCAGCCGUUAAUAUCACGAUUGUGCAAGAAGUAUACUUGAAAUUGCAAAAAGUUUGUAGCUUUUUUUUGUUUGACUAGAAGGGGUUGGGUGUAAGCUGUAGACUGUCUGUUUCUGCUUUCCGAAGUACUCAUUGAACAUUACAAACUGGGUGUUAAGUUUUGUUCUCAUUUUUGUUCGAUUUGCUGUCUGUGAAAAAACCUUCGCGUUCUUCAGACCUGUAAACUUUACAGUAGUACUUCUUCCUAGCUGUAGCUACAACUCAGAAGAUAUUAUCAAAGACUCGCGACCAUCAGUUUCUAACGCAGAAAGAAUCUAAAUUAAAUGUCGGGAUUUUUCGGCGUGACUUCGUUGGGCCCUGGGCAGCCGAUCGGAUGCAACUUGCUGUCGACGUUGGGCGUGACGAGUUUUGCGGAUGAGGAUUUCAAAAAGGCCUUUGACACACUUGCGAGUGCGGACGGAAGCAUACCAAGAAUUGACGUGUAUCUUUUUUCAUCUUAUCGCAUAUGGACGCAGACGCUUAGUCAGCAUACAGUAUGAACAUUAGAUGAAGUAGAAAUGCUUUGCAAUGACCCUUUUGAUCGGAUGGUAACCCAUCUCCCAAAAAAUAUAAAGGUACGAAUGCUUGACGCGGACGUACGGCUUCGAACCAAUGCCAGAAGAAAUCAACAUCUUCGUUUAUUACAAUGAAAAAUACCCCCACCCCCGAACUUGAAAGCAUUUGUAUUGCAAAUCUUUCCAAAUGAAACAUUCGCCCUCUUGCGUGUAUCAGCAUCACAGAUUUCCGAUCGUGAAUAGCAAAAAUUUCUAUUGCAAAAGAUCCCAGCAAAAGCGGUGCUUGUCAUGCAAGCGAUGCGAAACACGACUAGAAUCUGCAUCAGAAAGAUUCGUACUCCUUUCAUGCAUGACAAAAAGCUUUCAUUUGGAAACUUCGCAUCACAAAUUCCUGCAAUCAGGGGUGGGUGGCAUUUUUCACUGUGAUAUCGUUUCCACCAUGAAGCUGCAAGAGGAAGGCAGUCUCACCUGGAGCGAGUUCCUGGAGGGGCUCUUUGUGAUUCGGGAAAAAGUGAAAAAGAUCAGCAAGAAGGCGACACAGUACAAUUCUUCAAUCUUUCAUGCUUUUGGCUGUUCUGUUCCUUUUUGAAAUGUUUGUUCACAUAUGAUCGAGGGGGUUGAGCAAAAGUCAGUGACUUUUUUCAUUGGCGGAAAAAUUACAAACAGCUACGACUCGUACCAAGAUUCAAUGGACGACAGAAGGAAGCAUGCCCGCGUCAAGUACGGCCCAAUGGAAAUCUACAAGCGGCCCAUGACCACGGCGCAAGCCGUUGGCUGGCAUGAGGAAGAGGUACCUACAGCAAAUUCCACGUUGUGGUCUCAUCUCGUGUUAAUCUGAACCUUAACCUUCAUUUUCCUGCUUAUAAAGAGCGUUUGCUUUUUCAUCUUGUUGGAAUUCGAAUUUUCAGACGAGCGGUGCACGUUACCCAUUCAAGACCGAUCAUGCACAGAAUCUCUAUACCUUUAUUCUUGUUUCUUGAGCUUGUCUAAAAAGGGUGUGUGAAUGAAAAUACGCAGGUCUUCAUUGACCGCUUCCCCAAGUCGUCCUGCGCCGAAACCAAGUAUGCCGAUGCGGUCAUCAAGGCCGGGGUGCAGUUUGCUUAGGCAUGUGUCGCGGACGAAAUGACUACUUUUCCACGGAGCAAGUAACCAACGGGCAGCAGCGAGGCUGGGCUUUGGUGUGGAUUAGUCACGACCCACGUUUAAAAAUAUCGUGUAGGUGUAACCAUAAGAACCAACAUAGUACUUACGUCAUGAAAUGACUACGAUACUCAAGAAGAUCAUCGUGAUCGUGCGCCGCGAGACAAUAUGGUUGUACGUGAUAUUCCACCUGGACGACUCGAAGUCCAUCACCGCAGUCUGUCUGGAGGGUUGCUUGCUCGCUGGCAAAAAUCCUGGUUUGAUUUCGCUUUGACGCUGAACUGCGGGAAUCCGGAGCUUUUGAAAGAAGGGUGCUGAGCAGGUAGUCGCACUGUAAAA